AUGGGUAAGAGCGUCAAAGUCCAGAUUCAGGACUGGAUCGACGAGGUCCGCGACGAUAAGCUUGACGGCGCCUAUGUCGUGGGUCGGCCACUCUACACCGACCGAUACUGCCGUCUAGACGUCCAGGGUCUCACGAGCGAUGAGCCGCAGCAGUUCAACCUUCAAGUCCAAGUCAACAACGGUUGCCCCAAUACUACCAUGGCUAAGCUGAAACCAUGGACGGUGGCUUUCUGCCUCGCUCCCAUGGAUGAGCCCUGGACUCCUGCUCAGAUCAAGGAGGCUCUCAAAGCCACUGUCACUGGCUACAAGGUCACGCCUCCCAAGGUCUCCAACAAGGUCGACCCUGAGGAUACCAAGGAUUCCAUGAAGAAGGGUAAGGGUAAGAAGAAGUAG